UCAAAUCAAUUUAAAUUUGUUGUAUUCGUUAAACGGCUGAUUGAAGAAGACAUAAAUUUGUAUUAAUUUAUUUAUUCAAGGAUUUGAUAAGAAAAGAUAUUUGAAAUGAGUUCACACACAGAAAAUGAGAAGGAGGAAGAAUGACCAAAGUGUCCAGAGCCAUUUACCGCACCUGGAAAGUGUACGGAUGAAGUACGUUAAGUUUUCGAUGAUCAACAAGAACUGUAUGUGUCACAAAACCUACUAGUGCUGUCUUUGCCAGCGUUUGAGGCCAUGUUCAAGAAUGAUUUCAAAGAAAAGCAGCAAUCAGCUGUCUUGUUGAAAGAGAAGAACUACACAGACUUUCAUGAAUUUUUGAUGUGUAUUCAUCCUGGGACAUUAAAGCCAGUUACAGAAUCCAAUGUUCUGCUCAUUGUACCUAUAGCGGAAGAAUAUCAAGUUGACUCUAUCAUUCAAAGUUGUAGAUCGUUUAUGAAAAAAUGGCUUGACAAAGAAUAUGUAUCUGCUAAAAGGAAUGGUGAUCAUUAUUUUCAUUUCGUAGUGCCAACGCGACACUGUUUAAGUAUUCUUACGACGUCUUUGGCACUGAAUUACAAAUCACUUGUAGACAACGCUGUGGACAUGCUCGCCAAACUAUCACAUAGAAUAUAUUAUGGCUCACAUGUACCUGAUACUCUCGACUUCCGCUAUCUUUCACGUACACUAAACCUAAACGGAAAAGAGACCAAUGUCCGUGAAACAAUUGAUGAAUGUAAAACAAUAUUCCAGACCCUUCCUGCUGAGCUUAGAUGUACAAUAUUAAGCAAAAGACUGGCACUUGAUAGAGACAAUGUCGCCAAGUAGCCGCGUGAUAAAAGUGACGCGCAAGAAAAAAACAACUUCACAUGACACGAUGCUAUUUAAUAGGUUUUAUUUUGAUUCAGAGAAGACAGCUUUUACUUGAUUAAAUUAAAUGUCAGUAUGAUUUCAUUUACAUGAUUUUAGGACAAAAUGUUCAAAUAGAAUCAUAACAUGUAUCUUUAUGACUUUACAUUAUUAUCAUUAUCAUUCUGAUUAUUUUUGUGUUUUGUUAAAAGUGUAUUUUUUUUAAUUGCAAAAUAAAUGA